AUGCCUCUCAAGCUACAGCACCUUUGCAUGAACGACAUCGAUGAGACAUUGCAAGAAUCACAAGAGGGCGCCUUCGUACCGACAGACAAGCAGGUCUGUGAUGACGUGGUGCUUCUAUGGAGACAAGAGCCGGCGACGGAGGACCUAGGAGUUUCCAGGCUGCAUUCCAAGAUCAAGGAGAGGCACGAAAAGUGGUUGUUAUCGGAACGAAAGCUCAAGCAAAUUUUGAUUGAGCAUAAUUUGUGCUUCACUGACGAGACAAAGCUGUUUACGUACGCAGAUCAAGUGACAGCACUCGAAUGUCCCCACAUUAGCGACAAGCAUGUUGAAAAGGUUGAGCUAAAGCAAUCCUGUAAGGGCCGUUUUUCUGUGUUUGCGAAGAAGGAUCUGAGACGGGAUGAGCUUGUCUUCUACGAGCAUGAGCCGCUGACGUCAAUAUUGCCGCUGGAAAAAACCUCUCUUGCCGCGGUUGGAAGGGCAUGCUCUCUCUGUGGGCAAUCGCUCACUCAAAGCACACAGUUUACCAUGAAAAAUGGGCUCGACUGCAGAAUGUGCUCCGCUGUUUGGUGUUCAAAACACUGCAAGAAGCUCGACACUACGCAUUCCUUCCUCAAACAUCCGAUGUCGAGAAAUAAACAAGUUUCUGCGUCAGGAUGGUCAAGUUUUGAGCAGUUUUGCAAGGAUAAUGUUAUGCACGCGGCCUACUCAGUGGGCACCAUUCAUGCGCGUGCACUGCUAGACAAGAACGAAGGGCCUCGCAUUAAGGAUCAGUUUGAAGCCCUUAGACAGAUCAGCCAGGUCCUUAGAAUAAGAGCUGCCGACUCUACAAAUAUAGGCGGAACCUUCGACGCCGCCACUGGGGCUGUGUCUUUGGAAGACCAGUCUAUAUGGAACAAGUCUUUCGAAUCCUUUUGCAAGGCAUUCCCCGGCGUCGAGGACGAGAUUGACUUCAACCACUACAUGAUCCUCAUCGGAAAAUUCAAUCUCAACCAACGGGAAGGCCAGAUUUUCACCUUGUAUUCGUAUUUGAACCACAACUGUGAGCCAAAUGUACGAUACGAGUUGGACGGCAAAACCGGAUUGAAGCUUUUCGCAAGGAAAGACAUCAAAAAGGGUGAAGAGCUGCUCACCACGUAUGUGAACCCCCUUCACGGCGUUACUUUGAGGAGAAGGGAGCUUCUGGUCAACUGGGGAUUUCUUUGUGACUGCGAGCGUUGCAAUAAAGAGCUUGCGUCCCGGGAGAAGCUAAAGUCCCAGCAUUUGUUCUCUUCAGAAAAAACCGAUAUUAACGCCAAAGCCAGGCGGAAAUCUUCUAUGAAAACGUCUAAACCAGAUCUAUCAGAACUGUUGAAAAAUGGCCAAGAAUUUAACCUAGAAGUGCCCGAUGAAAUAGGUUUUGGGCGAAGAAGAAAGUCUGUCCGGUUCGACGACCGCGUAGUCGCGGCAGUCGAGGAAUGA